AUGUCCGUCGCGCCCGCCUCCUCCUCCGCCGCCGCCGCCGCGGGCCCCACGAUCCCCGAGGGCGCCCAGAAGGCCACCAUCGCCGCCGGCUGCUUCUGGGGCGUCGAGCACCUCUACCGCAAGCACUUCCAGGGCAAGGGCCUCAUCGACGCGCGCGUCGGCUACAUUGGCGGCGACCUCGCGAACCCGACCUACCGCGCCGUCUGCGGCGGCGACACGGGUCACGCCGAGGCCCUGCAGGUCGUCUUCCAGCCCAACGACGUCAGCUACCGCCAGCUCCUCGAGUUCUUCUACCGCAUGCACGACCCGACGACGGCCAACAAGCAGGGGCCCGACACGGGGCCGCAGUACCGCAGCGCCAUCUUCUUCCACGACGCCGAGCAGGAAAAGGUCGCCAAGGAGGUCACCCGCCUCGCCAACGAGCAGUGGUACAAGGGCAAGAUCGUCACCGAGAUCAUCCCCGCCGGCCAGUGGUGGGACGCCGAGCAGUACCACCAGCUGUACCUGAACAAGAACCCCAGCGGCUAUGAGUGCCCGAGCCACUUCCUGCGGACCUUCCCGCCUCUCGAGGGGUGA